GGGAGCUUGAAGAAGAGCAUUGUAUGCGCGAAGCGAGCGAGCGAUACCACGAGAAGAGGGAGGAAAUUUUUUCGAUCUGUGCGACGGAAAUCGCGUGGCCGUGAGGAAUUUCAAGCAGCGCCAUCGAAUUCCGAGGUAGGUUUUCUAGGGAUCGAGCGCUCCGGGGGAGUUCUUCGCUUCCUCCCUCCCGGGAAUGCGUGCGGCUAGAAAUGCCUGUGACGCGCUCACAGUCUGCACUGGGAAAGACGCCACUGGGAUGCAAGCUGAGCAAUGCCGCCGGAUUCGUGGAAGAGAAGCAGCGAAAUCUCGCUCCACAGUCGGUUCUCAAGGAGAACGCUGAGCCGCCGCAAGAAAAUUUCCAGAAUUCCUCGCAGCAGCAGCCACUCAAGACUAGCCAUGCCAGUGUGAGUCUCUUCACGCCCCGGGUCAUGACUCGAUCAUCGUCUAGGCAAGCUCAAGCACAGGUGGUCCCGAUGGAUAUAGAGGAUGAUAGCGACGAAAUCAGCAAGAUGCUACUGCGAUGCUCGUCCAAGGGAAGGAUCCAGCACGAAAGCUUUUUGGCUUGUCCACCACCAGUUUCCUCCACUGUGGUGUACAGCACUCCUCCUCCUUCGUGUGGAAACCGGAAUAUCAACGAUCGGCCCGUGCUAACAGGCAUCGAGUUUGGGUGUAAGAAGACGAGCUCGCCGCAGGGUCAAGGGGAGAGCACCACCCCCAGGUCGGGAUCCAGGCGCAGGGACUUGAGAUCACAUUUUCUUCGAGGGAAAUGCGAUGAUCCUGAAGAAGUUGGCAGGAUAAUGGUCUACGUUCGGCUCCGUCCACUGUCCAAGAAGGAAAAGGAUGCUGGUGCUCGAAGUUCUGUGCGUGUUGCUGACAAGAAGGAUAUCUUUCUCACCGAGAUGCAACUGGAAACGGAUUAUUUGCGGCUCAAGCGCGUCCGAGGCCGCCAUUUUGUGUUUGAUGCCGUGUUUCACGAGAACACUGGGCAGCAAGAGGUCUAUGAUACCAGUACUGCUGAUCUCGUAGAGGCAGUUCUUCAAGGCAAAAACGCGUCAGUCUUUUGCUACGGGGCAACAGGGGCCGGAAAGACGUACACCAUGCUGGGAACCGUAAGUCAGCCCGGCGUCAUGGUUUUGGCACUUAAGGACCUCUUUUCCAAGCUCAAGGACCGAAGUAAAGACGGUGAUUAUUUAGUUAGCUUAUCUUACUUGGAGGUCUACAACGAGACUGUCGUGGAUUUGCUAUCGCCUGGACGGCCGCUGAUUAUACGAGAGGACAACAAGGGAAUAACUACCGCGGGGCUCACUCACUAUCAAGCAUUUUCCGCGGAAGAGGUCAUGCUGUUGCUUCAAAGAGGAAACCAGCACAGAACAACGGAGCCGACUCGGAUCAAUGAAACAUCAUCUCGAUCGCACGCUAUCUUGCAGGUUACUGCAGAGUACAAAGUGAGAAUGGAGACCAGUACCAUUACACGGAUAGGAAAGCUUUCGCUUAUUGACCUUGCAGGAUCGGAAAGAGCACUGGCUACCGACCAGCGAAGUUUAAGGUCUAUAGAGGGGGCGAAUAUCAACAAAUCCUUGCUUGCACUAAGCAGAUGUAUCAAAGCUUUGGUCGAGGGUGACAAGCAUGUUCCUUUUAGAAACUCCAAGCUUACUCAGCUACUAAAGGACUCUCUGGGAGGAGCAUGCCAAACUGCCAUGAUAGCAAACAUCACGCCAAGCCAUGUCUCUUUUGGUGAGACUCAAAACACACUUCACUGGGCUGACAAAGCCAAAGAAAUUCGAACAAAGGUCACUGCCAAGGAAGAGCUGGAAAUUCCAGAGUCCCAGGAGGAACAGACAAAGUUACUUCUAGAAAUGCAAAAGCAAAACCAGCAGCUGAGACUCCAACUAGCAAGCCUGCAGCAAAAGUACAUAGCGCUUCAGUUCAGCUCGGUGACGAAGGAUCCGCUGCAGUCUCCAGUAAAGAAUCCCCUGGCAUCUCCAAACCGGUUCCCGGAGUACCAGGCUACUGCACUACUCUCCCCUCGUGUCAACCGUGACGCAGAGAAGACCGUAAGGGAGCUGAAAAAGGCGAUCGAGAUGAUGGAGAAGGAGGCACUACGCGUGCAAAGGCAGCACAGGAAAAAGGAAGGGGAGAUGAGCAACAGCAUCGCCGCGUUGACAAUGCAAGUGAAGCAAAAGGACGACAUGAUAAAGAAGCUAAGCCAGCAAAAGGACGGGAGGGUGGUGGCCACAACACCGAGAGGCAAAGCCAUGCAAAGCGAGACGCCGAGAGGCCUGGCUACCAAUCUUCCACCAUCUGGCCGGCCAGCUCCCCUCACUUCCGAGCAGAAGAUGAAGCCCGCGAGGAAAUCGAAGCUCUCGUUUGCAACUCCAGGGGUACCAGAGCCAGCUGCUGCUCCCGAGAGUCCAAGCGCGACCAAGUCUAGAUUCUUCUCGCCCGCCAAGGCCGAAGUCACGAGCAAGAAGCGGAGCUUUUGGGACCUUGGUGGAUCAAACAGUCCAUCCCUGGCGGACAGGAUUCGGUGCACGAGAAGCAACUCCACGACGCCGUCCCUCCUUUUGCAACCGGGAUUCACCCGACGUCGGAAGUCCGACGAGUGACACCAUUUUGACACUGUAACAAAACAACAGGACUCCUUUUUAUGAUUUGGGAUUGCGAUGCGAGCGUAGCAAACAUCAAACAGCUGUAAGUUUGAUUCGUAUCUCUUUAUGUUUCACUUUCUGCCGGACUCAUCCAUGGAGACGAUGCACAUGACUGACUCCCUAUUGUAUUACUCUUCUUUGUGUGCUUCGAGACACAACACCCAGUUAUGCAUAGCAUCGAGUUUUGAUCCGAUCUAAAGACGACUGCGGAUCCCAUCAACAGGAGGUAUCGACUCUGAGGGACCAGGCGAUCUGGUAUGGAAGCCAUACCAGUUCAAUGCCGUCGGCCGUCGCUACCUCGCCUACAGAGGGCCUCCUUAAGACGCCUGGCCAUUCCCCUCGUGCUGCUGGAUCCCUCCGAGGAGUUUUGGCGGGAUGCCACGGCCGAGAGCUGCAGCGGCUUCGACAACCAAGACAUCGAUCUCGCUCAGGCGCUGUGGGACUCCUUCACUACUGUAUUUGACGAUGAAGCGAAGGAUAUCACUUCGGGGAGUAUCUCGGCGUGAUACUGCUCGCGAACCCGUCAUUUGCUAAGGAUGGCCAAUGCUGUGCCUACUGGAAUGCCAGGCAAGAGCUUUCCGACACAUGAAGAAUCUUCCCUCUUGGCUGUCACAUGGCUUGGCGGUGCUGAGGAACUGUCCGAACAUCCAGUUCGUAGCCAUGAGCAUGGACUGGGACCAUUGAUCGGACGUGAAGAACACCAAGGGAAGAAUCAUGGUUAUUAAUUUGUGGAUUAUAACGAUAAGAAAAUUAUUUGCAUUAGAAUUAACGUUUUAAGACAAAA